AAAUCCAACGUAUUCUUCAGCUGGAAACAGUAGUUUGUACUCUGAGGUCGAUAAUUUCUAUAGUGUUUAUUUCUUCAAUUUUCAACUCCAAAUCAUGAGGACGGGGACUUGUUUAUUGUUGAUAAUGGCCUGUAGUCUGGUAGUUAUGACCUGUUUCGCUGCCCCCGCUCCCCAUGGACACGGUGGUUAUGGAGGAGGGGGCGGUGGUACAAAAGUCAUCAUCAUAAAAAAGGGAUAUGGGGGUGGACAUGAUCACGGAGGAUAUAGCCACGGAGGCCAUAGCCAUGGUGGACAUGGAGGAGGUCAUGGGGGAGGAUACGGAGGAGGACAUGGAGGAGGAUACGGAGGAGGUCAUGGGGGUGGUUACGGAGGUGGAUUCGGAGGUGGUUACGGGGGAGGCUACGGAGGUGGUUUCGGAGGUGGUUUUGGAGGAGGAUAUGGAGGAGGCCAUGGGAAAUGAUGACAAUUCCCAGCUAGGUCUAUAAGAUGAAUGUUUUGCUCAAAUUAUUACCUAUUUUAUACAGUUGGGAGUUUCAUAGACUUUUUGGGAAUUAGUGAAUGACGAAAUUUGUGUGGGAGACGAUGUUUGUCAUCUUUAUAUUCAUGUAUUUAUAUGCGAGCAAGCAGUGAUUUAUUGAAUUUAUUUUUUCAUAUGCAGCAAGAGAUCGUGUGAAUAAAAUUCUUCACCAGAG